AUGCCUUUAGUAACAAGUCCCUACGCCGGAUCAUGGGGCACAGUUGACAGGACCAACACCGUAGUCCAGCAUUUCGAGCUUCCUCUUGAUCUUGGCCAAGAGACGACGUGGGUCCUCAUCCAGGGACAUGCGGAGCAGACUGUCGUAUAUCGCCUGCGGAUCAUAUAUGUCGUUGAGGGCAAAACGAGCAUAAAUAUUUAUAGAAAAUGUAAGCGACCGUACCAGAAAUUUCCUGUCGAUGGGCCUGUAGAAAGUGGCAUCGGCUCCAUGGAGAACCACGAUUCCGUAAGUCACACAUUCGACGCAGUACGGAGCCUCACGGUUACAGGCACCGACGAUAAAGUUCCAGCGAGGCGAUACUUCCAGGAACAGGAAGUCUCGGCACGCUGGAAUUUCAUGAUAUCCUCGUGCCACGCAGCCGCUCCGCCAUGCCCGGAUUGCCAACGCUUGGGAGUCUUGGUCUUACAUGGGGCCGACGUCUCUUUCUACAGGCUUCUUGAAGGACUGUUCCUGGUCACAUACGGAGUGCUCAGCCAGCUCUCCUUAACAGAACCCCCAACCAGUGUACUAAGCAGACUGCGUUCCAGAUUGGCUAAGCUGGACUCGAUGAAAAUCACUGAUACUGCUUGUGCUAAUCUGACAAUGCUCGCUCCUUCCUUCACGUUAGGUCUUACUAAUCUCACAGCUAAAGAUACAGGUAGAGGAACAUGAGGGAAUUUCACACACGCACUCGCACGCACGCACGCACGCACGCACACACACACUCACACACACACACAAGAAUGUUAAAAAAUUGUAAAUACACGUUGUAGAUAUUGCUAAUAAUAUUAAGCUAAUAAAAACUAACAAACUGGAAAAACCGACUUAGAUGUGUUUGAUUCCCUUCCAGCAUGGUACUGACCUAGGUGAAUAUAUUAACUCACAUUUUUACAAUUUAUUGUACAUAUCCAACAUUCCUGAAACGUAUGGAAACAGGACUCCUGUAAAUCAGAUAAUAAACUUGUUACUCAUGAUAACUAAGUAUGGAGAUAUGUCUCGCCAACUGUUCAUUUUAAACACUGUAUUGGAUAAUUUUACGUUGCACCGAAACUUGAAAGAAUAAAAUGAUAUUGGAAAUUAUUAUUGUUCUUAAUACUCCAUUUCAUGAAACUCAUAUACAAUAGCACACUGCUAUGCGUUCUCUCCAUUCUGUCUUUAUAUAUGAGAAUCCUAUUUGAGAUGAGAGUCCUAUUCAAAUAACGCGGCGCAUUUCACGU